AUGAUCCUCAAUGCCGAUAGUUUUGCUGGAGUCUUCACGGAACAACAGUUCGAGAUUGUCAAGCACCCCCCGGAGCCUCGGCCACCUCUACGCUAUGAUGGUAUUGUCGCCGGGGGUGCCAUUGCCGAUGCUCGCACUGCUGUCCCCAUCAUUCGCACUCAGUCCCGCGGCGCCUUAUUCCACCAGUCGGUGGAUUUCGGACCGCGUCUCGUUCAUCUGUCGCGCUGCCCGCACGCUGAGUUCGGCCGCAAGGUCUCGAUGAAGUCCGAAGAACUCUGGCGUUUCUUAUCAAUCCAGGCCCAGCGUACUGAACAAACCCUGGCUCGAGCGGAGCCGCGCUGUCUAGAGUAUGACAGAGUCCAUAUUCCCGCACCUGCUAUACCCACAGCGGGACCGUAA